AUGAAGAUGGGCAAUCAACUCUCCCAAGUCUUUCCUCCCGCUCCGAAGUUUACAGAGGCAACAGUCCCCGACCUUACAUCCAAAGUUUACAUCAUCACUGGUGCCUCGGCAGGCGUGGGCAAAGAGCUUGCGCGACUCUUAUAUAGCCGUAAUGGUACGAUUUACGUUGCAGCACGUUCAGCAGAAAAAGCCAACACCGCGAUAUCUUGGAUCAAGGAGCGCCACCCAAGUUCAACUGGUCAGCUGCAUUUCCUUAGGCUAGACCUGAAUGAUUUACGAGGAAUUAAGUCUUCUGCUGAAGAGUUUCUGAGCAAAGAAAAGAGACUGGAUGGCAGCAAGACAGAGCAAGGAUACGAAUUGCAAUUGGGCACGAAUUGUCUAGCGCCUUUCUUAUUUACGAAAAUUCUUACUCAGAUUCUCGUGCAAACUGCCCAAUCAAGUCCGGCUGGUAGUGUGAGAGUGAUUUGGGUGUCCUCGAGCGCAGCGGAGGUGGUUGCACCGCGGGGCGGGAUUGAUUUGGAAAACCUAGAUUUCAAGAAGGAUCAGUCAGCAACGGCAAGAUAUGCCGUUAGUAAAGGAGGCAACGUACUACAUGCGAUUGAAUAUCAAAGGCGAUAUAAGGACGAGGGGGUGGUUAGCACUGCACUUCAUCCAGGCCUCCUUAAGUCUGAUUUGGGGCGACAUGCGGGGUUCUUCUUGAAUGUCCUUUCCAGGCCGUUUCAACAUGCACCAGUGAAUGGCGCUUACACAGAGCUUUUCGCAGGACUGGCACCUGAAGCUGGGAAUCUCAAGGAGGGGGAGUGGGUCAUCCCCUGGGGAAGAAUUGCAGAGGUCCGGAAGGACUUUGUGACCGAAGGUAAAGCAGGGCCUUUUUGGGAGUGGAGCGAGAAGCAGGUAGAGGGGUAUGCAUAGGCUUCGGUAGCGCAGAGUUUCACUGGGUGCGGAUGGCUUGACAAGACGGCAAAUAGGUAUCUUCAUUCUUCACAUCUCGUUUGCAUAACAAAGAAUAUAUACUCCUGUGGAAUUUCUUGA